AGUUUGGGAAACUCUCUUCUUACGGGUAAGCUGGCUCCACCCAGCUGCUGAGAAAGAGAUACGAGUUGUUAACAAAACCGGAAGUUGGAUAGGCUGCCUUUGCUUCUCAAGAUGACAGCUCCUGGAUUUACCGUCAGUGCCUUCAUCCUUCUGUUGCAUGUUAGUUUUGUGGCUAAUUACCCCAGCGGAAAAGUAACAAAGUCAUGCCAUGGAAUGAUUCCUGAGCAUGGUCAUACCCCACAGUAUCAUCCUGUUCACCACAUUUCAGUGAGUCAGGUGACAUUCAGGCCAGGAGAUCAAAUCAAAGUUGCUUUGUCAGGGCCACCAUUUAAAGGCUUCCUCUUAGAAGCACGUGACGCUGAGAAUUUGAGUGGCCCUCCUGUUGGUUCCUUCACAUUGAUUGACAGUCACGUGUCACAGCUUCUGACUUGUGAAGAUGUACAGGGAUCAGCUGUAAGUCAUAGAAGUCCAUCAAAGAAAACAGAAAUCAAGGUCUAUUGGGAUGCUCCAAGCAGUGCCCCAAAUCACAUAAUCUUCCUAGCCACAGUCGUUGAGAAGUACAAAAUCUACUGGGUGAAGAUUCCUGGUCCUAUAAUUUCACAACCAAACGUACUUCCUUUUACAACACCUGAAGCUACAAUAGCACCAAUGCCAACGGUACCUUCAGUCUCCCAUUUAACAAGAUCAUUCAGUGCUUCAGACUGUGGGAACAAGAAGUUCUGUAUCAGGAGUCCUUUGAACUGUGACCCAGAGAAGGAGCGUGCCUGUGUCUUCUUGUCCUUCACACGAGAUGACCAAUCAGUGAUGGUUGAAAUGAGCGGUCCCAGUAAAGGCUAUUUAUCCUUCGCAUUUUCCCAUGACCGAUGGAUGGGUGAUGAUGAUGCUUAUGUGUGUAUUCUUGAAGAUCAGAUUGUCCACAUACAACCUUCCCAUUUGACAGGGCGAAGUCACCCUAUCAUGGAUUCUGGGGAUCCUCUUGAGCACAUGGCUUGGAGGUUGGCGGAUGGUGUUAUGCAGUGUUCUUUCAGAAGAAACAUUACCCUUCCUGGGGUUAAGAAUAGAUUUGAUCUAAAUGCAAGCUACUACAUAUUUAUAGCAGAUGGUGCAGCUACUGAUGGUCGAAUUCAUAAGCAUUCUCAGCAACCUUUGAUUACAUAUGAAAAAUACACUGUGACAGGUGAUCCAAAAAACAUAGGAGGAUCCCGUUCUUUACUCCUUCUGAAGGUUCAUGGUGCCUUAAUGUUUGUGGCAUGGAUGACCACUGUUAGUGUAGGUGUACUGAUUGCCCGGUUCUUCAAACCUGUCUGGUCAAAGGCUUUAUUUGGUGAUGCAGCUUGGUUUCAGGUGCAUCGAACUCUCAUGCUCACUACUUCUGCCCUCACCUUUAUUGCUUUCCUUCUGCCUUUUAUUUACAGAGGAGGCUGGAACUGGCAUGCAGGUUAUCACCCAUACCUUGGUUUUCUAGUGAUGGUUUUAGCACUUCUUCAGCUUCUUUUGGCAGCUUUCAGACCACCUUUACAUGACCCAAGAAGGAAAAUGUUUAACUGGACUCAUUGGAGUAUGGGAACAGCUGCUAGAAUAAUAGCAGUGGCAGCAAUGUUCCUGGGAAUGGAUUUGCCAGGACUGAAUCUUCCUGGCCCAUGGAAAACCUAUGCAAUGAUUGGAUUUGUAGCCUGGCACGUUGGGACAGAGAUUAUUCUGGAGAUACAUGCUUACCGACUCUCUAGAAAAGUUGAAAUACUGGAUGAUGAUAGAAUUCAGAUCCUCCAGUCGUUUACCGCAGCUGAAGCAGAAGGUUAUGUUUUUAAAAAGGUGGUGUUAGCAAUUUAUGUUUGUGGGAAUUUGACUUUUCUCACUAUGUUCUUAUCUGCAAUCAACCGUCUAUGAGCGAGCGAACACCUUGGCUUUUGCAGACCAGGUGAUAAUUACCAUCAAGCCAAAAAACGUGAUGCCUGUCCUGACUGCCUGGAAUGUAUUCAUGAAUUCUAAUUAGGGAAGAUCAGAUCAUGUCUAUAGAGAAAUUCUGAAAUCUGGUCUUUAGAGAUCAACAUUCAGUAGGGUCCUAUGGACUAUAAACUGAUAUAAAGUUUUAUGUAUUAUUCUGAGUCUUAAUGGGAAGAUUGUGUUUGAGGAGAAAUAAUUCAAAUAUUUUUUAUGCUGCAAUUUUAAUAAUGUUAGCAUUUAAGAAAAUAACUGUUUUAGAAAAACAAAAGGAUGUCAUUAGGAUAAAAUGGAGACUGUAUUAAGGUAAAUAUCUUUUGGACUUAAAGGUGCUGUUGUACUUUAAGGAAAACAUUUAUUUUUUACUAGUUUCUAUGAAUGGUCUUUCUUAGGACUUUUUCCCUUUCCCCUUUCCUAAGAAUUUUUGAGAAACGUAUUUUUCAGCCCAGUUUUUUAGACAUGUCCUUUGUUUUAUGUAUUUUGUUACUUCCCUGAUAAAGGUAAAAGUGGGGUUAACACCAUUUCAUUAACAUUUGAAUAUAUUAUUAAUAUUAUAAUUUCUUUCUUAACAGUGAAAUGCACGUGUACAUCUUUGAUUCAGUGUCUUCAUAUAUUUAGCUAAGAGCUAAAAUGACAUUUUAUAUGUUAAUUGUUUUGACUAUGAGAUAAAGUCUUAGUCUUUGGAGAUUGUAGAUUUGCAUUUCAAAAUUAAUAAAAUUCAUUCUUGUGAGCAUUUUAA